AGCCGGUGGAAGUGUUCUGACCGUGUGUGUGUGCUGUUCCCCAUCCUGUGUGAGAAGUUAGACAGAACUAAAGUCAUAACUGAGCUGUUCGGAGUAUUAAUAGCCGGACUGUGUUAGCGCGGUGGUGAAUAGAGAAGUAGAGGAUGUCUGAGACCGAGGGCAGCGUGGUGGAGAGACAGCGGGAAGAGGAGAGUGAUCAGCCCGGUUCAGCACAGGAUGGUGCCUCAGAUGCCGGACAUGAUGAAGCAUCAGAAGCAGCACAGGAUGAAGGGGAACAGUCAUCGUCCCCGGAUGAAGAGCCGAAGGUGGAGCAGUCGGCUGGCUAUGAAGAGAAAGUGAAAACAGACCGAACCAACAGAUUCGAGUACCUGCUGAAGCAGACUGAGGUGUUUGCUCACUUCAUCCAGCCUGCUGCACAGAAGACUCCUACAUCUCCUCUGAAGAUGAAACCAGGUCGUCCUCGCAUCAAAAAAGAUGAGAAACAAAACCUCCUCUCUGCUGGGGAUAAUCGUCACCGUCGCACUGAGCAGGAGGAAGACGAGGAGCUGCUCAGUGAGAGCAGUAAAGCUUCUAAUGUGUGCACACGUUUUGACGACUCUCCAUCCUAUGUUAAAUCUGGCAAACUCCGAGAUUAUCAGGUCCGUGGACUGAACUGGCUGAUUUCCCUUUAUGAGAAUGGAAUCAACGGCAUCCUCGCAGAUGAAAUGGGUCUGGGAAAGACUUUGCAGACCAUUUCUCUGUUGGGUUACAUGAAGCAUUACAGAAACAUCCCUGGGCCUCACAUGGUGCUGGUGCCCAAGUCCACACUGUAUAACUGGAUGAUUGAGUUUAAGCGUUGGGUGCCCUCGCUCCGAGCCGUCUGCCUCAUUGGAGACAGAGAUGAGAGAACGGCCUUUAUUCGGGACACACUCCUGCCGGGUGAGUGGGACGUGUGCGUCACAUCUUACGAGAUGCUUAUCAUCGAGAGGGCCGUCUUCAAGAAGUUCAACUGGAGGUACUUGGUCAUAGACGAGGCCCAUCGUAUCAAGAACGAAAAAUCUAAGCUCUCAGAGAUUGUGCGCGAGUUCAAGACCACUAACCGCCUGCUGCUCACUGGAACACCUCUGCAGAACAAUCUGCACGAGCUGUGGGCUCUGCUCAACUUCCUCUUGCCUGAUGUGUUCAACUCCUCUCAGGAUUUUGAUUCCUGGUUUGACACAAACAACUGUCUUGGAGACCAGAAACUGGUAGAGCGUCUGCACACAGUAUUGCGUCCUUUCCUGCUAAGGCGUAUCAAAGCUGACGUGGAAAAAUCGCUGCUUCCAAAGAAAGAAGUCAAGAUGUAUAUAGGGCUCAGCAAGAUGCAGAGAGAAUGGUACACAAAGAUCCUGAUGAAGGACAUAGACAUUCUGAACUCGGCAGGGAAGAUGGAUAAGAUGCGUCUUCUAAACGUGCUGAUGCAGCUCAGGAAGUGCUGUAAUCAUCCGUACCUGUUUGAUGGGGCUGAGCCUGGUCCACCUUACACCACUGACCUCCAUCUGGUCGUCAAUAGCGGCAAGAUGGUCGUCCUGGACAAACUGCUGCCCAAACUAAAAGAGCAAGGUUCACGUGUGCUGAUCUUCAGCCAGAUGACCAGGGUGCUGGACAUCCUGGAAGACUACUGUAUGUGGCGUAACUUUGGAUACUGUCGCCUGGAUGGACAGACCCCUCAUGAAGAGAGACAGAUCUCCAUUAAUACCUUCAACGAACCCAACAGCUCCAAGUUUCUCUUCAUGCUGAGCACCAGAGCUGGAGGGCUGGGAAUUAACCUGGCGACCGCCGACGUGGUCAUUAUUUACGACUCUGACUGGAAUCCUCAAGUGGACCUGCAGGCGAUGGACCGUGCUCACAGGAUUGGUCAGAAAAAGCAGGUGUGUGUGUUCCGCUUCAUCACUGAGAAUACUGUAGAGGAAAGGAUUGUGGAACGUGCUGAAAUGAAACUCCGUCUAGACUCCAUCGUCAUCCAGCAAGGUAGAUUGGUUGACCCCAACAUGAACAAGCUGGGGAAGGAUGAGAUGCUGUCCAUUAUUCGGCAUGGUGCCACUCACGUCUUUGCCUCAAAAGAGAGUGAAAUCUCUGAUGAAGAUAUUAAUGCCAUGCUUGAGAGAGGAGAGAAGAAGACUGAAGAGCUUAAGGAGAAGAUGUCCACACUUGGUGAAGGCUCUCUGAGAAAUUUCACCAUGGACACAGAGAACAGUGUGUACAACUUUGAAGGUGAAGAUUACCGAGAGAAGAAAAAGGUGAUCACCAACUGGAUUGAACCACCUAAGAGAGAACGCAAGGCAAACUACGCUGUUGAUGCUUACUUUAGAGAGGCUCUGCGAGUCAGUGAGCCCAAAGCACCAAAGGCUCCUCGGCCUCCUAAGCAGCCCAAUGUUCAGGAUUUCCAGUUCUUCCCCCCUCGGCUCUUUGAGCUGCUGGAGAAGGAGAUUUUGUAUUACAGAAAAACGAUUGGGUACAAGGUACCUAGAAACCCUGAUCUGCCCAAUGCAGCCCAGGUGCAAAAGGAGGAGCAGGCCAAGAUUGAUGAAGCUGAGCCUCUGAAUGAGGAAGAGCUGGAAGAAAAGGAAAACCUCCUUUCACAGGGCUUCACCAUUUGGAACAAGCGGGAUUUCAACCAGUUCAUUAAAGCUAAUGAGAAAUGGGGAAGAGACGAUAUUGAGAACAUUGCUCGUGAAGUAGAAGGCAAAACACCAGAGGAAGUCAUGGAAUAUUCCGCGGUGUUUUGGGAGCGCUGCAAUGAGCUGCAGGAUAUUGAAAAGAUCAUGGCCCAGAUUGAGAGGGGUGAGGCCAGGAUUCAGAGGAGGAUCAGCAUUAAGAAAGCACUGGACUCAAAGAUUGGUCGUUACAAGGCACCAUUCCAUCAGCUAAGGAUUUCUUAUGGGACCAACAAAGGCAAAAACUACACAGAGGAGGAGGACCGCUUCCUCAUCUGCAUGCUGCACAAGCUCGGCUUUGACAAAGAGAGCGUUUAUGAUGAGCUGCGCCAGUGUAUCCGCAACUCGCCCCAGUUUCGCUUCGACUGGUUUCUCAAGUCCCGUACGGCGAUGGAGUUACAGAGGAGGUGUAAUACAUUAAUCACCCUUAUUGAGAGGGAGAACAUGGAGCUGGAAGAGAAGGAGAAGGCAGAGAAGAAGAAACGUGGUCCUCGCACUUCAUCAGCACAGAAACGUAAACCGGAUGGCACCUCAGAUGGACGUGGUCGUAAGAAGAAGCUGAAGUUGUAAUUCAGACACGAACCCACACUGAAAAUCGAGUGUAGAAUACAGCGUUAGUGUUACGGGUCCAUGUGUACUGUAUCAUCUUGCCUCAUAUUAGCUUGUCCUUUUAGAAAGGCACAGUAUUGUAAAUUAGAUUUGUCUUUUAGUUCCAAAGUACUUCUGCUGUGCUGUUUUCUUUCAUUUUUUUAAUUCUCUUUUGUAUUUGUAAUGUGUGAGCUGAGCAGAUAGAUGUAUUUAUGCUUGUUGGUUAUCUACCACAUUCCAUUUGCUUAUAUCAGAAUAAGUGGCUUUUUAAAAGUGUCCUCUGUAUUGUACAAGUACUUGCCAUGAAAGUCAUUUGGAUCAUGUCUAAUAAAUUCCUUUUUGUUUUGUA